CCUCAUUCAUCUCGUACUAUUUUCCCGGAGAUGCGCGCAGGGGGUUGAUCGAUUAGUCUUAUUGAUUUGUUAGUGUCAUUUUAACACCGUGCAUAAUAAUUUCAGCCCCCGAAAUUAGGGAGGGCCGCCGCCGCUGGAUGAGUGAUGGACAAGCUAGCUGAGGUGCAGCGAGCUGCCUUCCUCGGAGCGCACUUUCCCUCCAUGAGCCAGUAUCGACCGCCAUGCUACAAACCAGAGACCGAGGAUCACAUUCUGAAGGUGCCUGAGUACAAAGACCCCACGUUCAUCAUUCCUGAUGAUAACGGUCUUGGCUACGAAGACGGAAUCAGGGUCCUCAGGGCGCUUGGCUCAUGGCCAGCGGAAAUGACGCCAAACUCAGGACCAGCGAUGACGGCGCCAGUAGCAGCACCGUCGCGGAUGGAUCAACUGGGUGGUCAGCAGCAAGCGGCGGGGGCUGGGCUGUCCAAGAAGUCCUUCUCGGGCUACCAGGGUGGUGGCGGCGGCGGCGGCGGCAAGAAGUGCAAGGAGCAGGAGGUGGGCGGGGGGCGGCAGGCGAAUGAGAACGGGGGCGGCAAGAACUUUGUCUGUCCGGUGUGCGGCAAGGCGCUGGCGCGCAAGGACGGUCUGGUGAUCCACAUGCGCAUCCACAGCGGUGAAAAGCCGUACGUGUGCGGCGUGUGCAGUAAGGCGUUCGCGCGCAGGGACAGACUGGUCAUCCACAUGAACAAGCAGCGGCACCACCCGCCGGGUGAGGGUGGCGGCGGCGGCGUGCCCAAGAAAGACGCCAAGCCGAAAAAGACGAAGGAGGCGGGGCAGCCGGCCGCCGCUGCCGCGUCCUGGCCCUGCGACCUGUGCGGCCAGGUGUUCGCCGGACGUGACGACUGGAGCGCCCACUGCAAGGGCCACCUCCACCCCCCGCACCACCCCUCGCACCACCACCCCGCGCACCACCACCCUCCGCACCACCAAAGUGCGUACCACCCGCCGCCCCAGGAGCCCUUCUCCUACUACCCGCCCUUCCCAUCAAAGUCGUUUUUCAAUCACGUUCGCCCACACCUGCCGCUCGAGGUGCCCAGACCUUAAUCUCACCGACUGCCCCAGUGACUCCUCGAACAGAACACGCAAAGUCGUCCUCCCCCUCCCUCCUGCCCCUGGUGUUUGUAGGUGUUGAUUUUUUGUUCACGGACGCGGGACACGCGGAACUUUCUCGAGAGACUGAUAUUUUUGGGCGGGGGAUAUUCAAAUUCAAGUUGCUAAAAGGGUGGGAACGUUCAGAACUCAGAAAUAAUUUUUAAACAAAUGGAAACUUGCUUACUGUGAACCGCAACUUAAAGUGGAAUGAUACUGGGCAACAAUUAAUUGAUAAUUAUUUAAAUUGUUGGAUGCCUUAAACAAUGACCGAUAAACAAUUUGUUCAACAAUUUGCAAUAAUAAAAAAAUGACCUUCCUACAAUAAAAAUUCAAAUUUUGCCAAUUUUCUCCAAAAUUUACAGUGCUUGAACAUAUUUUCUUGGCAUAUUCCGAUUCCUCUCGUCGAGAUCUGUUCAACGGUGUAUGCCACUUAUUGGGGAAACUCUUGGUUUUGAAAUUAAAUCGGAUUUCAAGUAAGGAGACAGCCAUUACCAUUUGAAAAGCACGGUAACUUUCCAGCCAAUUUUCUCAAAAAAUUACAGCGCUCCUUAGGUCAAUUUAGGCUUUAACUGAAUCCUAAGGGAUGAGUUUCUGCAUUGGCAACAAGCAUUUUCCAGGCUUUUCCAGUAUCAUUCCUCUUUAAGAGAGAGAACACCCUGUUGUUGUGACGUCAGCGGUGACUACCAAUCGCACUGUUGAAUUAGACACAUUGUUAUUCUUGUUGCACAAAGCUCAUGGCGUCACACAGCUGUUAAACAAUCGUUGCUUGCAGUCAUCCAGUCUAGCUCCUCUGUUCAAUAUUACAUUUACUUGUUCAAGAGUAACUGCAAUCCACAAAUUUUGAUUGAGUGAAAAUAAUACUUAUCACUUGAAAUUUUACGUUGAACCUGCUUUAUGCCCAGUAAAAUAUCAGGGAAUUAAUUGUUUUAAAAUUUGUCCAUUUUUAAAGGUUUUUGUAUCGGUUCAAUUCAUUUUGAUUUAUUAAUUAAUUAAAUCAGGAACACGUACAGUCUGUGUUUGAAUUUUUGUCGAUUACAUAACAGCCCAAUAACUUCUACAUAAGGCAAUUGUCGAAAUUUAGUGGAUACCACUCAAUUUAAGUAACGUUUCAGUACUAUUGCCAAAUAAACAGUGUAAAAUCAGAAUAAAAUAACACGAAUGUUUUAUUCAACAGUGUAAUCAGCUAAAAGCUAGGUUGAAAGCAAAUUCAAUUUGGUCUUAUAACAUUUAUGGAUCUUUUUAGAAAAAAAUGUGUUUGCGUGGAAGGGAUAAUUAAGUUUUUUCGUUUUAAUCCAACAAGGAGUUAUUUACUUUUUGCGGAUCGCCCAUAAGCAAGUUGCCUCUCCAGUUAAAUGGGAAAGCAAAGAAAAUAAAUGUUUUUGAGUGGCUGCGCCCUGAAUGGUAAUUAUGAAAAUUUGAUUUGGAAUAUUUAUCUUUGCUUGUUAGGGAAAUCCAAAAAUAAAUUGAAUGGAAAUCUCUUCAGCAAAAAAAAUCCUGUCAUUAUUAAGGUUGUUUUUAAUGAAAUAAUACGGAAAUUUCGCCCCGCGUGUCCUGAAUUUAAAGACUAGACAAUUUUAGCAUUAAAUGCUUCCAUCACCGCGCAGGUCAAUAAUUGUCACGAACAGAACAAUAACAUGAAUAUAGAUAUGCAACUGAUAUUUUUUCUGACCAUCUUCAUAUAUUCAGUCUCUGUCUAUUUUGAGUCUUCCUCGAAAAGUUUGAUUCAAUCAGACCAGCCUGUCAAGACGCACGAACGCUUUUCUGCCACAGUCGUACACACUCACAUACACUCGAGAGAUGCAAACAAUCAUAUUUCUAUCAUCCCUAAAAGGGUAACAAAAACCAAUGUGUUGUAUAAUAUUUGAUAUGACGAGAACAAGAUUUAAUGAGUAAGACGAUAAUAAUAAUUAAAUUAUGCUAAUGGGUCGGCCGCAGGGAUCUGAACAAAAUUCGCACAAACGCGCCCGACGAGGGCAGCCCCGGCCGAGUCUCGUUAUUGUACGUGUGAAUCAGAAAAUGUAAAACAGCCGAGCUGCGUGCUCGCGCAUAUUUAAGAUAAAAACGACUAUAUCAUAAUAUCAGGUGUAUGUGCUGUAUAACGGGAUAUUAAAAAGUAUGUAACCAAAUGUGAAUUAGGCUGUUGUUAACGAGGUGAAAUAAUAAUAAACAUGUGAAAUGUCCACAAUUAGCAACAAAAUCAAUUUA